AGCGGGGUUCAGGUCGGAGAUCCGAAAUCUAUCUCCACCCGCGGUGAACCCAAUCAUGAGGCAACCGCUCCUGCCGGCACUCCCAAAAAGCUCCCCUCCCACAUUAUAUCCUCCCUCCCCCCUCCCGGCCUCCUCUCCCCUCCACCGCCACCAUCAUGUCCUCCACCGCCUCCGCCGCCCUUCUCCUCCUUGCCACCAUCACCGCGGUCUCCUUCUCUGACGCUGCGCCGCUUCCACUCCUCGCACUUCUCUCCCUUAAAUCCUCUCUUGUGGAUCCGACGUCCUCUCUCCAAGACUGGUCUUAUCCCUCCGCCUCCGCCACCGGCCCCCCAACCUGGUGCUCCUGGAGUGGCGUCACCUGCUCCGCUGCCGGCGAGGUUACCGCCCUCGACCUCUCCCGCCGGAACCUCUCCGGCGCCAUCUCCCCUGAGGUCAGGCUACUAUCUCCUUCCCUCACCCACCUCAACCUCAGCGGCAACGCCUUCCGUGGCCCUCUUCCGUCGGCCAUCUUCGACCUCCGCCUCCUCCAGACUCUUGACCUCAGCCACAACGACUUCAACUCCUCCUUCCCAGCCGCCGUCGCCGCCCUCCGCCAGCUCACCCUCCUCGACGCCUACAGCAAUAGCUUCACCGGCCCGGUGCCUCCCGGCCUCGCCAAGCUCCGUCUCUUGGAGCACCUGAACCUCGGGGGGAGCUUCUUCCAAGGCGGUAUUCCUACCUGUCUGGGCAGCUUACCGCGGAUAAGAUUCCUCCACCUCUCCGGGAAUCUGCUCACCGGGCGGUUACCCCACCAGCUCGGCUUCCUCUCCAAGCUCGAACACCUGGAGAUCGGUUACAAUUCGUACGAAGCUGGCGUCCCGCCGGAGCUCGGAGGAUUGCCGGAGCUCCGGUACCUGGACAUCUCGUCGGCGAAUCUCUCCGGGGAGGUUCCGCCUGAGCUCGGCAACCUCACCCAGCUGGAGUCGCUGUUCCUCUUCAAGAACCGGUUAUCCGGCCGGAUUCCGGCGACUUUUUCCGGCAUGGGGGCUCUCAAGGUGCUCGACCUCUCGGAUAACGGCCUUUCGGGCAGCAUUCCGGCGGGGCUCUCAUCGUUGGGUAAUCUGACAAUCCUUAGCCUCAUGGACAACGAGCUCACAGGCGAGAUCCCACCGGGGAUCGGCGCGCUCCCGAAUCUCGAGGCGCUUCUUAUCUGGAACAACUCCCUCACUGGCGCGCUCCCCCAGAAGCUGGGCUCCGGCGGGCGGCUGCAGAAGCUGGACGUGUCCUCCAACUCGCUCUCCGGCCCGAUCCCGCCGGGGCUCUGCACCGGGAAUCGGCUAGUCCGGCUCAUCCUCUUCUCGAACCGGUUCGACUCCGACAUCCCGCCCGGUUUAGUAAAUUGCUCCUCUCUGUGGCGGAUCCGGAUCGAGGGGAACCGGCUUUCCGGUCCGAUCCCCUCCGGGUUUGGCUCGCUACCCAACCUCACCUACAUGGACCUCAGUGGUAAUAAUCUCUCGGGAGCGAUUCCGUCGGAUCUGGGAACCGCCCCGAGGCUCGAGUUCUUGAACGUCUCCAGCAACCCCCUUCGGCGGCCACUGCCGGAGACGAUCUGGAGCGCGCCGAUGCUCCAGAUCUUAUCGGCGAGCUACUGCGAUUUGGAUGGCGGGAUCCCAAAUUUCGAGGACGGGUGUAGAAAUCUCUACAAGAUCGAGAUGGAGGGCAACGAUUUGGGCGGCGAGAUCCCCUCCGACAUCGGCCAGUGCUCGAAGCUCCUAAGCUUGAGGCUCGGCCGGAAUAGGCUUACCGGCGCGAUUCCAGCGGAUCUCGCCGCGCUGCCGUCGAUCACAGACGUCGAUCUCUCGUGGAAUACUCUAACCGGCCCGAUCCCUCCGGCAUUUGAUAAUUGCAGCACUUUGGAGAGCUUUAACGUGUCGUUCAACCAUCUCGCCGGUGAGGUGCCCUCCGCCGGCUUCGUUUUCCAGAACCUCCAUCCCUCCUCCUUCGCUGGGAACGUCGGCCUCUGCGGAGGGCCAGUGGGGCGGCCGUGCGCGGCGGGGUUGAGGGAGGAGGCCCCACCUGCGCGGGGUUCGGCGGGGGCAGCGGUCGUGUGGAUCGCCGCCGGCGCUGUUGGGGCGGGGCUGGUGGUGCUGAUCCUUGGGACGCGGUGGUCCCGGGAGCGGGAGGAGGCCGAGGGGGUGGGCCCGCGGGGACCGGGUCCGUGGCGGUUAACGGCGUUCCAAAGGCUAAACUUCACGGCGGAGGACGUGGCGGAGUGCGUGGCGGGGAGCGACCGGAUCAUCGGAGUGGGUUCCAUGGGAACGGUCUACCGCGCAGAGAUGCCAGGUGGCGAUAUCAUAGCGGUUAAAAAACUGUGGGGACCGCAGAAAGAAGCAGGGAGGACGAUGAGAAAGAAGGGCGGGGUGGCGGCGGCGGAGGUGGAGGUGCUGGGCUCCAUCCGGCACCGGAACAUCGUCCGGCUACUAGGCUACUGCACCAACCGGGAGACAACUCUACUACUCUACGAGUACAUGCCCAACGGGAGCCUGGAGGACCUUCUCCACCGGAGGGGUGGCGGCGCCGCCGCCGGAAAGGGGGGUGGAAUGGUGACGGAUUGGGAGACAAGGUAUCUGAUUGCAGUGGGGAUUGCGCAGGGGAUAUGCUACCUCCACCACGACUGCGAUCCGGUGAUCGUGCACCGAGACCUCAAGCCUAGCAACAUACUGCUGGAUGCCGAGAUGGAGGCACGGGUGGCGGACUUCGGCGUCGCCAAGCUCAUCCAGAGUGCCAACCAGACAAUGUCGGUCAUCGCCGGCUCCUACGGCUACAUCGCCCCCGAGUAUGCAUACACACUGCAAGUAGAUGAGAAGAGUGAUGUAUAUAGCUAUGGAGUGGUCCUGAUGGAGAUGGUGACCGGGAGGAGGUCGGUGGAGGCGGAGUACGGCGAGGGGAAUAGCAUUGUGGAGUGGUUGAGGGCGAGGGUGGGGAGAGGGGAGGGAGGAGGGGUGUCGAAAGUUCUGGACCCGACCGUCGCCGGAUGCAAGGAGGUGAGGGAGGAGAUGAUGCUGGUGCUCCGGCUGGCGUUGCUUUGUACUAGCAAGAACCCCACCGACCGGCCGACGAUGAGGGAUGUGCUAUCCAUGCUACGAGAGGCGAUACCUAGCCGGAAGGUGGUGGUGGUGGCUGGGAAGCAGCAGGGUGGUGGUGGUUCUCCGACUGCAGUGGUGCAGUAGACUGUGGCUGGUAGUAAACUCUACGUGAAUUAUAGUUAGUGGGUUUGUUAGAUUGAUUUGUUUAAGAAAGAGUGGAAAUUUUCUGCUGUUUUUUGUUUCUGACUUUUGAGUUUCGGGCUUGUUUCUUUUGCUUAAUAUUAAUUGCUUUUCUUAAGUUAUUUUUAA